GGAGGAGGGUUGUUUCUUACUGUAUCGUCACGCUCUAGCAAGACAUGUAAGACACUACGCUAAUUUGCUAAGAACUUACUUACGGGAAAUUUACUAAGGUUAGUGAUCGUUUUUUUUUAGGUACAUUUUUCUCCGAGAAUGGCCAUUUUUUGGGGUGCUGAGGCUUCGAAGAGCUAGGACAAGAGAUAUUUCGAGGAAAUACGAAGCGACGAAGAGAACAUCUCUAGCUAGUAAUGAAUUUCAGCGUUUUUGAGUGCGACCCUCACCAUCCAGCAUGAUUCCAUUUUGACCCUUAUUACCUAUCGCUUCAUCAUUCCGUAAGUUUAAACGAAUGAACUUAAGUGCGAACGCUUACCGGAGUGUGGCAUACAGGAAGUCCUGAUCCCGUUUCAUGCACGAAUUUGAAAAAAAAAUUCACGCGUCACGAAUGCUUUAAACAUAUCACGCAUCAAGAUUUGAAAGAGAAAAACUCAAAUCUCAGUUCAGUGCAGUGCUAAUGGUGCAAGGAAUUGUUUACCACAAUGCACUCUAAGUUCAUUAGACAUGGCAUGGCCCAGGUUGAUCGGCACAAACACACAUUUUUCUUUGUCGUAUUAAAAUGGGUGAGGAAAUGAACAGAUUUGCCUCAUACGCAGCGGGGGAGGGGUCAGGGUUUGAAGCCGUUACGCAUUAGUGGCGCAACACCUACUAAAAUCCAUUUAACCCUUUCACUCUCAACAAAACUGUAGUAAUUUUUGUUACUGUCUGCCAUACAAUUCUUAUGAUGUUGGUUUGGAGAAUUCUUUAUUGGAUCAACUACUAAUUAAUCUCCUAACUGAUAUUUUCUUUGUUCUCAUCACUACUCUGCUUAAUAUUGUAUUGAUAUGUAGGGAGAAAUUCUGUCUUGGUGACUCAUAGGAGUGAUAGGUUUAAGACUAACUCCAUGCCUCUUUGCUUGCCCUCUAUCAAAGUCGUUCUUCAAGAUAUACCCACCUUAUUAAUUUGUGAUUUUCUUGCAAGUUAAACGAUGGCAUCAGGCCAGAUCCAAACUGUCCUUGGUCCCAUUCCACCCAGUGCCUUGGGCCGCACCCUCACCCAUGAACACAUCAAGAUGGAUUACAAAUGCUGCCUGAGACCACCCUGGAGGGAGUCUGAUGCAGACAAAAUGGCAAAUUCAGAGUUCACUAUGGCCAAUCUUGGGUGGAUACAGCAGAAUCCCUACAGCCAUAAACUAAACUUGGCUCUUGGAGAUGAGCCCUUUGAUGAUAUUAUGGCAGAACUCAACUAUUUUAAGCAGGAGGGUGGCCAGAGUAUUGUCGAAGUGACUACAGUUGGUAUUGUGAGGGAUGUGGAAUACCUUGCCAAAGCAGCAUCGGCAACUGGCCUGAAUAUUAUUGCUGGAACAGGUUACUACUUAGACUCCACUCUUCCAGCAGAAGUAAAGUCUUCAUCAGUUGAAGAGCUUUCAAAGGUUAAUUCACUUUUUAUCAGCUACAUGUUCAAUACAGAGAAGUUUUGUCAGAUCUUGAGAGAAGUCCUUCACCUUUUUUUCUUUCUUAGUACUUGUCAUUUCAACGGGUGAUAUCCAGUUUUUGUACAGUCAAUGAAUAAUUAUUUUUCUCUUUCUUACUAGACCAUGGUCAAAGAACUCACUGUAGGUGUUGGUGAUACAUCAAUAAAGUGUGGUGUCAUUGGUGAAAUCGGCUGCUCUUGGCCAUUGGAGCCUACAGAGAAGAGGUCUCUCUUAGCAGCUGCCGCAGCACAGACUUCAACUGGUGCUCCUCUGAUCAUCCACCCUGGACGUAAUGAGUCAUCACCCAUGGAGAUUGUCAGAAUUCUUCAAGAAGCUGGAGCAGACAUCAAUAAAACUGUCAUGAGUCAUCUUGAUCGCACUAUUUUUGAUCGAGAAAAACUCCUGGAGUUGGCAGCUACUGGGAUUUAUCUGGAGUAUGACUUUUUUGGUAUUGAACUGUCAUACUAUCAGCCUAACUAUGCUGUGGAUGGCAUCAGUGAUGCACAGAGAAUCCAGAAUAUUAAAUUUUUGGCCUCAGAAGGUUAUGAAGAUAAGAUUGUCAUUGCACAUGAUGUACACACUCGCCAUCGCCUAGUAAAGUAUGGUGGCCAUGGGUAUGCGCACAUACAAAAGAAUGCAGUACCAAAAAUGCUGAUGAGGGGAAUUUCUCGGGAGUUAGUUGACAAGAUUCAGAUCUCAAAUCCUAAAACUUGGUUAACCUUCAAGUAAAACAGUUUUAUUUGGGUGAACCUUGAAUGUUAUUAAGAAUUAGAAUAAUUUUUAUCUGUAGAUUUUUGAUUUGAUGUUUGACUAGAUAUCACCCAUGGCAAAUUAGGCAUGGAGUUGAUGGCUCUACUGGGAGAUUUUAUAGGUCUAAUGUAUGUUUUAGUUUGAUCCAGUCAUUUAAAGAUUAAUGAUUUAUUAAUUAUUUACUGAAUACACUCUUCAUCUAUCAACUGAAAUGCAUGAAUAAAUAAAGAAAACUUUUAAUUUCAUCAAUAAAGGGGCAAGUUUCUAUAGAAACUGUGGUGCUGCAUCAGUGUGAGAGUGUAACAGGGUAAUUUAGUAUUAUC